GCAAAAUUAAUUGUUAUUUUCCUAUAAUUUCCAGAAGCGAGAGAGGUCUCCCGGGAAAAGAAUGGACCGACUUCGGCGGAGUUUUCGUGAUAGCUUUCGGCGGCGGAAAGAUCCCCAUGUACCAGAAUCGAGUAAACCUCAUCAAUGGCAAUCAGACGAGACGGCUGUUCGCUCAGCCACGUGCGCUUUCCAUGUUAAGUACCUGGGAUGUGUCGAGGUGUUCGAAUCAAGGGGGAUGCAAGUAUGCGAGGAAGCUCUAAAAGUGCUUAGGAAUUCAAGGCGGCGGCCGGUACGCGCAGUGCUGCACGUAUCAGGGGAUGGUUUACGGGUCGUCGAGGACGAGACAAAGGGACUGAUCGUCGAUCAGACGAUAGAAAAGGUUUCCUUUUGUGCUCCGGAUCGGAACCACGAGAAGGGGUUCAGUUACAUCUGUAGAGACGGUACUACCAGGCGGUGGAUGUGCCACGGGUUCCUGGCAUUGAAAGAGUCGGUAAGUGUGAUUGCCAGUACGACUAACGAACGAAUUGAUUCAGUGAAUGAAAAGGUUUGAUUCUAUCGUUAUAAU